UUCUGUUGUGACUCGGGCAGCCUAUCCCGAGGGUGGGGAGAUGCCGAGGAGCUCGAGCCGAGCGGUACUCAGCAGCAUCACGUGCCGGGGUGGGGGCUAUAAAAUCCCGGAGCCGGGGCGCCGGGCGGGGGACGUGAGGACCAGCCCUCUCCAGGGACCCCUUUGUUCGCAGCCCAGACGCCGACACCUCGGCGUCCCCAAGGGCUUGACCGCCUGCAUCCGCUCGGAGCCCGGCGCAGAGCUCUGAACAGGAGAGGGGAGGGGGCGCCACAGCCGGCCCGGCCCUCCAGCCACCCACCCCUCCCGACAUGUCGCGCUCCUUCUAUGUCGACUCGCUCAUCAUCAAGGAUUCCUCACGGCCCGCGCCCUCGCUGCCAGAGCCGCACCCGGGACCAGAUUUCUUCAUCCCUCUGGGCAUGCCGUCCCCGUUGGUGAUGUCCAUGUCCGGGCCCAGCUGCGCGUCCCGCAAGAGCGGCGCGUUUUGCGUUUGCCCGCUCUGCGUCACUUCGCACCUGCACUCCUCUAGGGGCCCGGCGGGCUCCAGCGGCGGGGGCACAGGGACCGGGAGUUCCGGGGCCGGGGGUGGCGGGGCGGCGGGGGCCUCCGGCGCGUUGCCCCUGCUCAAGAGUCAGUUCUCUUCGGGGCCUGGGGAAGGGCAGUUUUGCCCGCGCGUGAGCCACGCGCACCAUCACCACCACGCACCACAGCACCACCAUCACCACCACCAGCCCCAACAGCCUGGCUCGGCUGCUGCAGCUGCGGCCGCGGCAGCAGCGGCGGCCGCCGCCGCGGCCUUGGGGCACACGCAGCACCACGCACCUGUCUGCGCCGCCACCACUUACAACGUGGCUGAUCCGCGGAGAUUCCACUGUCUCACGAUGGGGAGCUCUGACGCCAGCCAGGUACCUAAUGGCAAGAGGAUGAGGACCGCGUUCACCAGCACGCAGCUCCUGGAGCUGGAGCGGGAAUUCUCUUCCAACAUGUAUCUGUCUCGACUCCGGAGGAUCGAAAUCGCCACGUACCUGAACCUGUCGGAGAAACAGGUGAAAAUCUGGUUUCAGAACCGCCGGGUAAAGCAUAAGAAGGAAGGGAAGGGCACGCAGAGGAACAAUCACGCGGGCUGCAAGUGCGUCGGCAGCCAAGCGCACUACGCGCGCUCGGAGGAUGAGGACUCCCUGUCGCCGGCCUCGGCCAACGAGGACAAGGAGAUUUCCCCCUUAUGAGGGAAGGCCACCUCUCUCGCAGCACCUGCUCCCGGGAAGCUCCAUAAAACCAACUCGGCAGGCACCCAGAGGUCAAAAUCCUCGCCCAUUCCGUGGUCGCAUCUGGAGAAGAACGGAGCGGAACGUUCCCAGGGCGUACAAGCCGGGCCUGACCCUUUGCGUCUCCUCCUUGACCUAUUUGUUUAGGGUUCCACUCUCAGUAAUAGAUUUUUAAAAUAAUCUAGAUUCAGCUCAGUCUUGUCACAUAACAGAGAAAGAGUUUAAGUUUAGCAUUAUAUGGGGUUUGGGUUUUGUUGGUUUUUUUACGCGCGUGUCCCAUUUAUCCCUUCCCUACCUCCUGUGAGAGCCUGCUAAGAAUGCCGGGUUUCUGUUCCCUGUUGUUGUUUUUAAAAUAAAAGUA